AUGCGUGGGAGAUUAGAUCUUUUUUCUUUUAUUGUUUUGCUUUGCAUACCCCUCAUUUUCUGUUUGUCACGAAGACGACAGAAAACAGUGCCUGCUGUUUUUCUUUUUUGUUGCCUUUAUUUUUCGCAUACGUUUGUUUGCUUCUGCGUUCUCCCUGCUGUUGUCAUUGAUGUUGUUGAUAGCGCCGCCCUAUCCUCUUCCUCCUAUUCCUUCUCUUCCCCCUCCUUUUCUACCCCCUUCCCACUUCUCAGGAAGCGCAACUUGCUGCCGAUGCUGAGCCGGUUAGGCGCUAGGAAAAGUUCACUGCGCUGCCAUGCCGUCACGGUGCCUCGCUGCUUUUUUUACGCCGGUUUGGACGAGUCACGUGUGCGGCGGCUGCGACGUGCCAGCACGACAUUUAACAAACCUCGGGGCCGUGACGAUUUAUCGUUAGCAUUUGAGCGUCGUGUGAGGGUGCUGCCACUUCUCGAGAUGGGAGACUUGUACGCACUGCCGACAACGACAUCAGGGUCUGCCCGCAGCAACGCAUCAGGGCCUACGACGAGGCAGUGGCGUGUGCUCGUGGUCGAGCUGCUUUCACUGGGCGAUGUGGAUGCUCCGGUGCCUUACCCAGCGGCGCAUCCGGCGUACUACGACGGGUGGUCAGAUGGCUCUGAAGAAGACUCUCAAGAAAAAAGGUAUGGGACGCCACCGUUUCUUCUCCGUGAGGGUAGACGCGUACUGUUGCCAGGCAACCAACGGCAACUGCGGCAAAACGGUGACACCUCACUGUUACGUGGAACAUUUACCAAAAGGAGCGCGAGUCAUGGCACCGCCGAGUAUGCAGUGGCGCUAUGUAUUGAUCCGUUUCUGGAAUUGGAGCGAUUUAGACGCGAAGAGGCGCAGGUAGAGUUGAUUUGUGGUUAUCGCAAUGUACUUUACGAGGCGGUGGAACUCCCGGACGGACCGGCAGACGUUGUCCGCGUCCCCGCUCUCUCGUGUGACACAUGUGGGGCACACUUGCGUCAUGAAAUUGGCAAACUCAGCCAGCAAGCCCUCAUCAAGGGGUUUCACCGCAUCAGCAAUGAGGCAAAGGAGGCACUCAUUUUAAAUCCACUCUUUCGCGUCGAGGUGUACGUUCCGCCAGCGUUGCUUGAAAACUUUGAACGUGUGUUUCUGGAGGACGCAUGGGAGACGCCGGAGUCGACGAUCAACCCUGGACGCACCGCGCUGUACCCUGGCCUGCCUCCUCCAAGAACACUGCUGGAGGCGGACGGUUGGAUCGGCAAACGCCGCGAGUUAGUUGAGGCCAUUGAGACGGAGGGACGUAGUUUGAUGCGUGGGACGCAACGUGCGUUGGACGGGACUGCCAUCACACCGCGGGAGGUACUCACAAAUAUUCGCGUCUUUGGUCGUGAGCGGGAGCUGAAGAAGAUGCUCGAAGGGGAGCGGGCAACGGCAGCGCAGGAGGGAUAUGACACAACCGGCGGCAGCAGUAAUCCGUCGGCGAAUGCCUCGUUGCGUCCAGGCGUCAAUCAGUUGUGA